AUGCCUCGAUGGAACCCAAAGCAGAUCAACGAAUGGCAUACCAGGUCCUCAGAGUAUGACCCCGAUGUCAUCACAAUAUGCCCUGUCCAUCCGGACCUGAUGAUUACAGGCACCUACCAGCUGGUAAAAGCUACUGAACGUCAAAUCUUUCCAGGCCAAUUCCGACAAGGCUCGAUCUAUGUAAACUUGGUCUCUCCCACAUGGCGACCAGCUUUUCCAGGUCAGCAAACUCCCAAGCUGGCUAAGAGGAAACUACCAGCUGCAAUUCUCGACAUCCACUUUCAUCCUCUUGACGGUACCUUGCUCGGCGUCGCUUUGAGCGACAUGACAAUACACUUCUUUCGCUUCGUCAAGCGUGCUGAUAUUCUGUCUCGUCGGAUUCUCACCGAACUCCUCUCUCUGGGAUCUAUAGAGGUUGCAUCAAGGGACGAAGAUGGACUGUUGGUUCUGUGCACGCAAUUUCGCUGGCUGGACAUGUACGAAGAGUGCGGUAACCCCAAGAAAUACACAAACACCAUCACGACGCACAUGGUCGUUUCUCUAUCUACUGGUGAGAUCAUAACCGUCAAAGUGAAGCUUCCAGGGGUGCGCUCCACCUUUGAUCCCCGUCUGGCACAUAAGCCCGGUCCCAUCUCUUUCUCCCGCGAGAGUGUGCACUGGCACACCGAAGAAGCCUGGACGGUUAUCACUAUCCCCAUCUCCUCCACGGUUACCUCGCAGACCAGCCUUCUUCUAUCCGGUGGUGACGACAGCAAGCUCAUCGCCGCCAUGGUCCAGUUUGACACAACAACGCAUGCCGAAGAGCACAAUCAAACUUCACCCCAGGCGCUCUGGACGGAUAGCAAGACUCACACUGGCGGCGUUACUGCAAUCCACCCACUACCACCACCACUUACAAAUGAUCCCGCACCACCUCCAAUCCUCAUCUUGACUGGCUCCUAUGAUGAGCAUCUCCGCCUCUUCACCCUCAGCCCACACACCUUCCGGCGGCAGCCCCUCCAACCCAUUGCUGAGGCUCACCUGUUGGGUGGUGUCUGGCGCAUCAAGCUGAUGGAUAACUACAUCAUCCCAUUGCAGCCGAUCCCGCCUGAAAUGGCCCUCAACCCUGAUAACACCACUGAAUCUGCACAGAAGAUCAACAGCAAUGGCAAAAAACGCCCCCUCCCACCCCACGAAACGCAUUACAUUCUCCUGGUCGCUACCAUGCACGCCUCUGUACAAAUCGUGCGCCUGGUCCACACACCCUUCCCAACAGAGGAGGGAGAGAACUGGAGCAUGACCGUGCUAGCAAGGCUAAAGCCCGAUGCGCACAACAGCGUCGUCUACGGCGCGGACGCCCGAAAAGAGUGGCCACAGAGCAAGUACAACUUGGAAGGCGUAGCGGCGCGUGAUGAGGGUGACGGACACCUGCACGAGCACCUCGAAGAAUUGAGACUAAAGCGCUUGGUCAGACAGGUGGGCGUGGAUGUGGCGUGGGCGGAUCAGUCAAAGGAAACACGGCCCAGCUGGAAGUCAUGGAGUGAAGAGUUGAGAGGUGAGGUGAGAACGGCAUGGGAGAAGGAGCAGUGGGAGCGGAGUGUGGGACGGUACACAUGCUUGAGCAUCAGCUUCUAUGACCGCAAGAUCUGUACCUGGGUUUGGAGAGACGAGAAGCGCAAGGAGGGCAUCGAGUUGCAGGAGUUUCUGGAGAGGUAUUGA